AUGCCGCCGAAGGCCAUGAAACGCCCGGCUUGCGACAAGAAACCAGCUGCCAGCAGCGCGGCCUUGCCCAGUCACCCGCAGGGCAAGGACGACCUUGAAGAGAUUCCGAAGGCAGCCGACGAAGGAAGCACGUACGGUGCUGCACAGAGAUUCGUCCGCAGUCUUUGGGAGCAAGGGCUGACUGAGAAGCAGGUGAGGGAACAGCUUCCAGGGCCGGAGAUGGAGAAAGAGGACGACCAAAGCCCCGAGAAUGCAGAGGAGGUGCGGGAAGUCCUGGCCGAGUGGGCCGCCGAUGAAGCGCGUGCUGAUGAAGCAAUUGGCCGCCCGCUGGUGUUUCAUGGAGAAGCGGGCCUCCCGCGCCUGCGUGGCAAGCAGCCGCCCAUCCGAGGUUGGGAGCAUGUGCCUAUUCCAGAUUGGGCACAUCGAGCACAGCAAGAGCAGAGCGGCCACGAAGAGGAGACUGAGGACGCGGCCGUGGAAGAGGCCGCAGAGGCUGAUGCCGCCCCGGAAGAAGAGCCCGAACCGAAGCGGGCCCGGAAAGAUUCCAGAAUCUGCCCGGGCAAGUCUGCAGGAGAGCCUUGCGUGUUUUCGCGAGAGAAGAAAUCCAUUGGGCGCCCCGCCCGCCUGGCCAUGGGCAAGCAACGCUGUCAGUUCUGUGACGUGGCAGCGCUUGCAGCAGCCGCAGCAAACAAACAUGGCAAGCGGCACCUCACGGGCGCCUUGAGGACCUGGUCCGAAGCCGGGCGGCAAGACAUCGCAGACGCAGCCAUGGCACGCAUCCCGGAAGAAGCCAGCGGAUACUUUGAGCAAGCUUUGCAACGCCCAUCCCGAACAGCCCAAGGGAAAGCGGCACAAGCAAAGGCCAAAGCCGAAGCCAGGGACGCAGCCGUGCAGAAGACAUUGGAUCACCGCCAGUCCCUCGUGCAGGAACCGCGAGAAGAAGAGAGGCGGGUCUACCAAAGGAAAGUGGUGGAUGACAGCCGCAGGCUGCAGCGCAAGUUCGGCCCGCUUCUGCAGGCCCGCGAAGAAAAGGAUGACACUUGGAGAUCGCCUUUGGCAGCUCGGUUUGAGGAGUGGUGCCGCGAGCAUUCCUGGGUAGCCUGCCAGAAAUGCCACCGUUUGGUGGCAAAGCCCCUGCAUGAGAGCCACAUCAGCACCAAGCGCCCUCCAGCCCCCACCAUCCCGCAGUGCAAGCACUGCGCAGACGGAGUUGGGUACCCAACCGUGUCUCACACAGACAUCCCACAGGAGCUGCGCAACCUGUCCGCUGAUGCGCUCUGGGCACUUCGGCCGCUGGAGCCCGAUGUGGGCCAGAGAGUCGUUGCCAGGCACGGCUAUCCAGUUCACACCGACAUGAUCCGUUUUUGGUGGAGGCCCGCGCAGGUCGUAGACCAAUUGGAGCAACUGGAAAAUCCAGAGGACCGUGACGUUGCAAAAGCGGCCUACCAGUAUCUGAUGGCAUCAGAAGACAGCUCCUACAAGCAGUUCGUGGCCUGGCAUGGCAAGGUCCUGCGGAAGUACGCUGACGUACUGGAAGGUGAAUGGGACCGCAAGUUGCAAUUGCCCCGACAUGCCCUGGAGGAGGUUGGGCUCGAGUGCGCCGUCUGGCCCCACCUGUACCCCAGAACCAACAUGUGUGAAACAUACAUCCGUCAGCAAGAUAGCCGCCGCAAAGAGCGUGCAAGGGCAACGCCCCAGGCCGCACGGCAACCGCCUCGCAGCAACAGGGCACCUGCGGACAGCAGCGGCAGCAGCAACAGCAGCAGCAGCAGCAGCACGUCCAGCACUACCACAGAAGAAGCCUUGCCAGAGGGUUCCCAGUGCGAGUCGGAAGACACGGAGACCGAGCCAGAAGACAGCGAGGCCGACGUGGAAGCCGCUGCGCCCUUGGACUUUGCCCGGCAUGGCCGCAAUUCGGCCAAGAGCGCCUACUUGGCCAAGGUGCUGGGCCCAGUACUGGGCUAUGGGGCCACCUAUAGCCUUUUCCAGUUCGUUUACGACCUGUGGCUGUGGUCGACUGUGGGUGCAAAGAAGCAUUGGGUGGAUGCGCCGUUGCGGCUGGCGAUGCAGGGCUACGGCUUCUCGCCGGAGUACUGGCAGACGCGGCACGCGGCCUUGGUGGACACAGUCAUGCAGCUGGAUCAGCUGGGCCUGCCAACCCUGUUCAUCACCAUCGCCCCAUACGAGUGGAGUUUUCCAUACCACAAAUGGGUGGAGGACGAAGCGCAGAAGCUGUUGCGGGGCAAGCUGCAAUUGCCAGUUGCAGAAACCCUUCACAUCGCACAUGUGUUGGCCCAAGCCGUGCAAGGCCUUCUGACGGGAGCCAACAAGCAAGGCCGACACGGUGGUAGGAAGCCCUGGAAAAGCCACAUCUUCUCUGCGAAGGACGGCUCUGGUCGCAAGACGGUGAUCAACUUCUUCGGGCGCUUGGAGUACCAGGAUGGCAAAAGAAAGCAAUACGUCAACCAAGAGGAAGCCGCAACUCAGUUCUACCACGGCCGUGGGACGGUCUAUUUGCAUUUGUUGGUCUGGCUGAAGCACAUUGAGGCCGUUAAGCUGGAAGAAAGCAUCAGCGCCAGCGUUCCGCAAGACAACCCUGUCAUGGCGAACCUGGUGGAAGACUCCCAGAGAUCUUGGACAGGCAGCGGCUGGGAAAAGGAAAGCAAAGAGUCUUAUUUCGAUGCAGCGACCGGUAGGCUGCAUCUGCACCACUCAGACAGCGACCACUGCAAGCGGAAGCCCGACGGAACUCCCGAGGGCAUCCGGGCCUACAUCAUCGAUGUGCUGGCGGCUUUGUUUUGCCACGUAGAUGUGCAGAUGUCGGACGGCCGCAUGCUGCUUCUGCGGUAUGUGUCUGGCUAUGUGCCGAAGUUUUCCGAUAGCUUCACGACGGAUUGGCUCAGCGACCAGGGCAGCGCCUACGCCAUUGCCAAGCGAGUGCUGUCCGACUAUCACCCCUUGUUCCCAGAGAUGACCCUGCAGCUUGCUAUGCAGUGGUUCCCGCAGUGCUUCGCCGGCGGCUGCCUGCAACGCUUUCGCGUCCCUGUCCCGGGCGAAGCGGCCGAGGCUCCCAAGCGGGUGGUGCAGUACAUGCGCUCCAGCUGGCGUGCACAGGACAUGCCCUUGGUGGAAUUCCUGCGGAAGCCCGGCGUCAACGGCGGCAUCCACCCCAACCUCAAGAAGCGCUACAACCAAGCUCUGAAAGAGGCCGAGGGAGGCGAGCUCUUGGAGGAAUCUUUGGAGGCUUGGGCAAACAAUGCCGAGACCUAUGGCGAGGUGGCGCUGGCAGCACUGUACUUGUCCCGAUACAACGACCGCUACUAUGGCCAGUGGGUUCUGAUGAACGUUUCGUUCAGGAGCUUGGAGGGCUUGAUGCCCGAGGGGUUGGACAGGGUUCCGGAUCACUUAUACUACCAGACCAUGGCCUUUCUGCUUCGCAGAAACCACUGGGAGAACCCGGCAGCCGUCCGAGCGGAACUGGAGCUGCAAGCUUUCCGAGACUACCACGUCAAGAACAUCCUGGCCAUGCUGGCCGCCAACCAGGGGCUCAUCAAGAAGUACCUGGACGGCACGAUCGACAAAGCAGCUGAAAUCCCAGGAGAAUUUGCCGCGCCGGCAGCCGAUGGGGAAGGGCCGGCCUUGUCCAGGCAGCAGCAGCAGAUCUGCGAUGAGAUCUUGGACAGCGUCAGGGCUGGGCUGCGGCAGCGCCGACAAGAGGAGAACGCCUGGAAGGGCGAAGGGGGGCCAGAAGAUGUUGCUGAAGAGGGGGAAGGGCAAGAAGAAGCAAAUCCAUUUCCACCUGCAGCAGCGCUUCGGCCGGCCAUUGCUGUCCUGGGCCCCGCAGGCAGUGGCAAGACCACGGCCGUCCACAAAGCCAUCCGAGAAGCGACUCAGCACGGCUGCCGCGUCCUGCUGGCAGCGCCCACCGGGCGGCUGGCUGCCACCAUGCGGGAGAAGUUCCCGGACCUAGAGGUUGACACGGUGCAUGGGGCCUUCCUGGUUUACAAGCCUGUGCAUGAGACCCUGGAGAUCAUGUUACCCUAUGAUUUGGUUGUGGUCGAGGAGGUGGGCCAGCUGUCCCAGCGCAUCUUCGAGCGGAUCAUGGAGCAAUGGCAGGCCGCUGAAAGGCUUCCGACGCUGGUCUUCGUGGGCGACUUCUACCAGUUGCCGGGGCCGGAGAGCAGCAGCGCCCUCGACGCGGGAAUGUGGCAUAGCGUCAUGGUCAAGAAGCGGGAGCUGCACACCAUGUUGCGCUGCAAGUGCGACAAGCUGCGCAAGACUUUGGACUGCCUUCGCACCAACAAGCCGAGCAAGGCCCAGCUCCGAGAGAUCAAGGCCGGCCACAAAGCCCCGUCCUUUGGCCGGGCAGGCUACGUCAUGAACGAAGUGCCGAGCUUGGAGGAUGUGGGGCACAUCUUUGAAGAGACCCCGGACACCAUGUUCCUCACCAUCAGCCGGAAGGCCGCAGCCUAUCUGAAUGACCUGGCGGUGCAAGUGAAGUUUGGUGGAGCUGCCCCCUUGCAAGUGGUGCCCGCAGACCCCGAGAGCAACGUUGCCAACUACCAUAAAGGCAGGAUGGUCGCAGAGGUGCCAUUGCAAGUGCCCAUCUACCAGGGCGCCUACAUCAUCCUGACGAAGAACCUGAAUAAGGCCGUGGGCUUCGUGAACGGGAUGGGGGCAACCGUCCUGGGGAUGGACGGCAACAACGUGCUGGUGAAGACCGACCAGGACGGAUCUUGGCCAUCCAUCCGUGGACCUCGGAGAACCAUGUCGUGCACUACCCUCUGCGCUUGGGGUACGCCAGCACCCUCCACAAAGUCCAGGGGGCGACGCUGA